ACCAGUUAAAAGGCGACCUCUAUUGAAUGAACUAUAGAUCGCCUUCUAACCACUGAAUUCUGUUCUUCAAUCAUUCAAUUAUCGGGUCAAUCACUGCCUUACUACGUACCAAAGCAUUCAAGUACCAAAUACAGUAAGCCAGGCAUGCUAGCGGGAAACUCAUCAACGUCAUUUGCCCAAUCAUGGCCUAUUAUGGAGCCAACUGUUUUAAGUCUACUUCGGCAGCAAAAUGUAUCUCAUGACCAGUGGCACGAUCUUUUUUUGCAUGUUCAUAAAGUUUGUUUGUGGGAUCCUAAUGGGGCUCAAUCCUUAAAGUCUAAACUUGAGGAAGAGAUCUCGAAGUUUAUUAGUCAAGCUCAGCAAAGGGUUGUUCAACACUCAGAGGACUCUGCUCUAUUGAAAGCCUAUAUAAGCGAAUGGACUAAAUUUUUUGAGCAAUGUGUAUAUUUACCUCAGCCGUUUAAUCAACUAGAAGUUAGCUUAUCGGGCAAAUCUGGAUCCAGCACUGCUCAUCAUACAUCUCGAAAAGCGCAAGAAGAUAGUAUUGUUAAAAAACUUAUGUUGGAUACAUGGAAUAAGACAAUUUUUAAUGAUAUUAAGGAACGUUUGCAGAAUAGUGCCAUGAAACUAGUGCAUUCAGAAAGAAAUGGAGAAGCUUUUGAUAGUCAAUUAGUAAUUGGGGUUAGAGAAUCUUACGUUAAUUUGUGUAGUGAAGCGGAAGAUAAGUUAAAAAUAUAUAGAGAACACUUCGAAAGGGCUUACAUAGAAGCAACAGAAGCGUUUUACUCAAACAAAGCACCAGCUUAUUUGGACGAAAAUGGUGUUCAGAACUACAUGAUUUAUGCGGAAGAAAAAUUGAAGGAGGAAGAACAACGCGGUAAUCGCUAUUUAGAAACCAGACAAGAAAGUAUGUCCAUGCAAACUUUACGAGAUACCUGCGUUGAUAUCUUAGUGAAAAAAUUUCGAGAGCAAAUACUUGUGGAAUGUCCUAAUAUGAUUAAACAAAACGAAACUAAGAAGUUGGAAUUGAUGUUUAAAUUAAUGGACAGGGUAGGCACCGAUGGUGUAAAUCCCAUGCUUGAAAGCCUUGAAAAUCACAUCUUCGAUGCUGGCAUUGCCGAUAUGAUGGCAGCAGCUAAAACAAUCACAACUGAUUCAGAAAAAUAUGUUGAACGACUUCUUGAUCUCUUUAAUAGAUUUUCAUUACUAGUAAAAGAGGCCUUCAAUGAUGAUGCACGAUUUAUGACAUCUCGGGAUAAAGCUUACAGACGCGUUGUGAAUGAUUUGUCUAUAUUCUGCCUUGAAUUACCAGUCAAAUCUUCGGGUGCAAAUGUUAGAUGCCAACCAGAAUCUAAAUGCCCUGAAUUAUUAGCCAAUUAUUGCGAUAUGCUAUUAAGGAAAACUAAUAUUAGUAAAAGAUUAACCAGCGACGACAUUGAUGCGAAAUUAGCAUCUGUUAUUCUGGUAUUAAAAUAUGUAUCAAACAAAGAUGUAUUUAUGAAAUAUCACAAAGCACACUUGACGCGGAGACUUAUUUUAGGCACAUCAGCGGAUGAUGAUAAGGAGGAGAGAAUGGUCGAACAAUUGAGAGAAGUUGGUAUGCCAGCGGACUAUGUUAACAAACUGCAGAGGAUGUUCCAAGAUAUAAAGGUUAGCGACGAUCUUAAUCAUAGGUUUAAAUUAGACGCCAGGAAUAACAAUGAACCAACGGCGGAAUCUCUAAAUAUCAAAAUCUUGAAUGACGGAGCCUGGUCUCGAGCUAGUGACAAGGUUACCGUGAGCUUACCGGUUGAAUUAGAAGAUUAUAUACCUAAGGUGGAAGCUUUUUACAAAAGAAUGCAUACUGGAAGGAAAUUGCAGUGGCAGCAUCUAUACUCUAAUGGAACCUUAACCCUUACGAACGAAGUUGGUAAAGUUGAAUUAGAAGUAACAACAUUUCAAAUGGCUGUUUUACUUUCUUGGAAUCAACGACCAAAAGAUAGGAUAAGUUAUGAAGCACUUCGUUUAUCAACACAAUUACCAGACUCAGAAUUACGCAGAACUGUUUGGUCUUUGAUUGCUUUUCCUAAAAUGAAAAAGCAGGUGUUAUUAUGCGAACCUGAGAUUAAAAAACAUCAAGAAAUUGAUGAUUCAACACUAUUUUGGGUCAACCAACAAUUCUGUAUAGUAACCAAAGGUAAUAAAGUACUGCAUAAAGGUAAGGUCAACUUGAUUGGACGGCUGCAGCUAUCGACUGAAAAAUCAAAGAACGAAGAUAAUGAAGGCAUUGUUCGAUUGAGAGAAUUAAGAGUUCAAGAAGCAAUCGUUAAAAUUAUGAAAAUGCGAAAAACUGUAACCAAUGCGGCUUUGCAAACCGAAUUAGUAGAUAUCCUCCGAAACAUGUUUCAGCCUUCGAGAAAGAUGAUUAAGGAAAUGAUUGAAUGGCUGAUAGAGCAUAAAUAUAUGAUGCGUGACGAAAAUGAUAUUAACUCCUUUGUUUAUCUGGCUUAAACCAACCUUGGCAAAAUGAUAAAAUAUUGCGUUUUGUACUGUAUCAUUGUUGCGCUUCAUUUUUACUAUGCAGUUUGAGCGUUUCUAAUAAAUUUUUGUUCUGCUCAAAAUUUUAAUUGAAUCGGAAUAGUAAAGAAACAAAGCAUUUAAAAGUAACCACGUAGCAUUUUAAUUUUUAUUUAAUCUCUACCGAAAGUGUGGGUUAUCUCUGGCCUAUCAAUUCUAUAAAGAUACUUUGGAAUAGAGAAAUAACAUCUGUAAACAACUUCGUCCGGCGUAACAUCAUAGUGAUAAUGUCCGGCAGUGUCCUCAGCUAGCCCAUGAAAGUGCUCAACCCGAAUAUCCAUAUCCGGAUCAUCUGAAAUCAACCAUCCUACAGCAGUAAAAGGUGCUGGAAUUUCAUAAAAGUCAAGCCAAUUAUUAACGUCCUCAUUUGACUCAAUGGGCUCCUUGCAAAAAUCUGGCAUGCAGUGUAUUUUAACUUUUCCUUUUUCUACAUUAAAUGUACCGCACAUUCCCACAAUUUUGUCUUUGUAUUCUUCUUUGAGAGUCUUUCGAACAGAAGACAUUAUAUUUUCUUCUGAAAUUCUUUUGGAAACGACAAGUUCGAUAACCUUUCCUGGCUUUCCAUCACAGAAUCCUAAAUUACCAAGUAGACCGAAUUCGGCGCAUGGGGCCUUUUGAACUUUAACUUUUCCAUUUAUCGAUGUACCAAGUUUAGUAUUAAGCUUCUCACUGCCGUUAAAUUUUACAUCGCAAAUCAUUUCAGCAUUCAUUCCAAGUUUAUGAAAAGGUCCGGCGCCAGCUCCAAACACGUAGGCAUCUUGUAGUUCGACAAGUUUACACAGUUCCUUUAUUUCGUACGUGUGCUCUUUCAUAACUUUUGGCAUCAGAUAAGGAACUCCUCCAACAUCAGCAAUACGUACAUUUCCGCACAAUCCUUCUGAAAUAAGAUUGAACGGGGCGUUAGUCAAGUUGGGACAGUCGACAACAGAUGCUGUAACAUUUUGAAAAUGAGCUUUCAUAGAUUUUUCUAAAACUGCGGCCAAAUCCGAAAGCUCCGGACAAUACAAAGAGAGUUUCUCUGUCUUUAGGUUCGAUGUCAUUGUUCAACUUUGAAAGAUGAAAAGGAACAAUAAAUUGAAUUCUCUUUUAUAAGUUUAUAAAACGCCCAGUACGAUUAUAGUUGUCUGCUAGUCAGUAAAAGCGCCACCUCUUGUCUCAAAUUUCAUCACCUCUUAGACUGUCAUCUACUUCUUAAAAUUUAGAUAGAUGUUAGCAUUAAAAGAGAGCAUCCUAAAUAAUUUAUACUUUCCAAGGUUGAUUCCCAAGUAUCGAGUAGUUUAUGAAAAAAAGAACUCUUAAACAACAAAUAAGACGAAAGCUCUAAAUUAAAAAAUUAUCCUGUGUAUGGAAAAGAAGAAGAAGAAAAGGGAAAGUAAGAAAAUUUAUAGAAUUUAUAUACUUUAAACGACAUUAUUGAUAACAAUAAGACGAUAAGAAGAGAGGUAAAGAUAUAAAGGAACAAUUAAUAGUGAACAAUUUUAGAAAAUAAUCUUAUAAAGGUCAUUUGUCUACUUUUUCAUUAAAUUUUCCAUUGAAUUUAAGGAUCUUAUGUAAGAUACUGAAAAUAUUACAGAUUCGAAAGUAUGUUCCCCAAUAUCGUAUUCUCUGAUACAAGUAUAAACCUCUUUCAUAUUUUCCAUAGAUGCAAACAAUUGACCUAUUGAUACGUUUGGUGGGACGCUAAAGUAUAGGCGAGCUUGUAAUAAAUCAACGUGAUAUCUCACUGAGUCGGGAACAUGAAUUUGGAGCCACCUAGAUAUUGAUUGUCUAUCAAUUUUCAUUUGCCUAGUACUGUCAAAUGUCAUUGAUAUACGAAUUCUACUUCCGGGGCAAAAGCAUUGGCGAAGAUACGGAGCUGGUCCAACUGCUCUAAGUACUCCUACACAAAAAACUGCCAUUCUAUCGGCCAAAUUCUCAAAUUCUACUGGAUUUUCAGUACUUAAUACAAUAGUAUGGCCCCUUGCUUUCAACAUUCCUAAGAGAUUCAUAAAGAUUUUCUUUGACUGAAAGUCGAUAUUCGUUGAAGGAUCUCUGAUAACUAGUAGUUGUGGAAAGCCGAUAAUUGUUGAAGCGAGGACAAGCCUCUUUUUUGUUGAUUCAGAUACCGUAUCAACUUUCAUAUUCAUCAUUGGUUUUAGAGCGCAGAGAUUUGAUAUAUUUCUUACAUGUGAUUUAGCAGCUUUCUUCGAUAUUCCACGAAGCCUGGCAACAAAAUUUAAAGUUUCUGCAACAGUUAACUCUCCAUCUGGAAUUAUAUUAUUGUCAAAAUAGCUUUUCUGCAUGUUCUUUCUAAAGUAAACAACACCUUUACUAGGUUUUAUUGAACCAGCUAUUAUUCUUAAAAAAGUUGUUUUUCCACUAUUUUUCAAUCCUGUUAAGCACAUUAGCUCCCCUCUUUUAAUACUGAGAUAAACAUUUUCAAGUUUAAUUUCUCUAUUGAUUUUACUUAACGAUUGUAUGUCGUAUUUUGUUAUAUUUUGAGCAACAACAUCAUAGUCCGUUUGCUCGAAUUUUGGACACAGUAUUAUACUUUUUCUCUCUUUAAUUGCACUUGCAUGCAAUGAUAGAUCUUCGCUUUUAAGUCUACUUAACUUCAUUCUUUUUUCUAAUAUUGUUUGUAAAACAGGUCGAUGACUUUGUAAAAGAAUUAGUAGCAUCAUCGCAAUGAAAGUUUGUAUCAUAAAGAUUAUGCAAAAUCUUCCAAGACCAGGUUUUGCAAAUGAUAAUAUAUUGUCAGCAUAUCUUACGCAAUGACUACCUCGACAUUCCUGACAGCAAGCUAAUGUCUGUCUAAUUCGCAAUGGUUCAUUUUUACAUUGUUCCCUACGUAUUAGCCUUUCGUUG